UAGUACCAGACCCAAGAUGGCGGCCAGCAGGAGGCUGAUGAAGGAGCUGGAAGAAAUCCGCAAGUGUGGGAUGAAAAAAUUCCGUAACAUCCAGGUUGAUGAAGCUAAUUUAUUGACUUGGCAAGGGCUCAUCAUUCCUGACAACCCUCCAUAUGACAAGGGAGCCUUCAGAAUUGAAAUCAACUUCCCAGCAGAGUAUCCAUUCAAACUACCUAAGAUCACAUUUACAACAAAGAUUUACCACCCUAACAUUGAUGAAAAAGGGCAGGUCUGUCUGUCAGUCAUUAGUGCUGAAAACUGGAAGUCAGCAACCAAAACUGACCAAGUCAUCCAGUUCCUCAUAGCACUGGUGAACGACCCCCAGCCUUAACACCCCUUUCGGGCUGACCCAGCUGAAGAGUACUCUAAGGACCGUAAAAAUUUCUGUAAGAACGUUGAAGAAUUUACAAAGAAAUAUGGGGAAAAGCGGCCCGUGGACUAA